AUGAGUUUCUUUGUGGUACCCCUGGUGUCUUACCAAACGCAACAAAAACUAAAGGCUCACAAGGAAAAGAAAAAGGCUAAAGAGAAGAAAAAGGACGUGGAGAAGGAAGUGAAAAAGGAGGAGCGAAGACAGGAAAGUGACGCGAGCAGCAUAAUGUCGAAAAGGAAAAAGAAACCUGGUUGGGGGCUACUCCAUAGGACAUCCACCAGUUCUAAAGUCUCAGCAGAUAUGAGAGAUGAUGGCGAAUACGAAGAGGAUGCAAAGUCAAUGAUGUCGGGGUAUCCAACAAAUCCACCAAUGUUACCUCUGGAUCCCGAGAUUAACUCUGAUGCAGAGGACUGGGAAUCUUUGUACCUGGACCAAAUACUGAAGUCAAAGCUGUUCACCAAUUUACCAAAGGCAAGAUCUGAGGAACCUGAAACAAAGCAUUUCAAUUUAGAUGAAGUAUUGAGUGAAGACGAAAGUAAUCCCAAAAACAAAGAUUCAGCACUGCAAUCUAAACUGCUGGAACAAACACCUGAUUUUGGCAGUAUAUCGAGUAGUUCACAGAAGAACGUUGCUCAUUCCCUGUUCUUAUCUGGAGCAUCACAAAGACCCACCGCAAGAUCAGAACAAGCAGAAAGAGACGAGGAGAUGCCAUCAUUAAUAGCGAACAAUUACGGAAAAACUAUGCGUGCCGAAACAUUUAAACCCCUUAAUCAACAAAGACAACAAUCUAUUCAUACUGGCUUAGCUGUGAGCCCAAAGACACCAUCGACUCCAACAAUCUCGCCCUUGACACCAGCCAUUCCUGUAGCACCAUUUCAUGCAUCGAGCCCCCAUUCAACUUCAAGCUCACGUCCACGAGUCAAUUCUGCCUUCACAACCACCUCAGCACCCUCAGGACCUGCACAGCAACGCUAUCCACUGAAUGCAGCGUUCCACAGAAAUUCUUCUUUGUCGUCCAACAACACAACUCAAUCACAACCCGUGUUAGGCUCUAAAGAGCCUACCAGCAAGUUUAAGAAAUUGCAUUUUCUUACUGGCAGCACGAAAAAGAAGGGGUCUUCAAAAUCACUUCCUUCCCUGCCGGGUGCAAACUCACCUCAACAAUCACCUGGGUCCUCCAAACAAACAGAUUCCUACUUCCCAGAUGUUUCAAAUCAACCUACAAAUGCCGUGAUUCCUUCUUUUCAUGCAGUGCUUGAUCUAUCUGUACUCAAUUCGUACGAUGGAAUCAAACAAAAUUUACUCAAUCCACCAUAUCAAGUUUUUCGAUACAACAACUUUCUCUCGUUGAUGAGUGAAUAUCAUUCCAGUGAUGCAAUACACUUUGCCAAGAUUAGAAAUCAAUCAUUGCUAAAAUUUAUCGUUAGACACAAGCGGGCUAAGGAAGUGGUUGAUAAACGAGGAUACUUUGAUCAAGAAAAUUAUCGUGACUUACAUAAUACAGAAUGCAUCUUGGCUUAUUUUUUGUACCACGAAAUAAGAACCGAUUUACGGAGGAUGAUUAAAUUUGCUUCAAAAAACCAUCAGUGGGCCAACCAUGAGGAGUUGAUACAUACAAACUUUGUCAAUUACAUCCGUUAUUUGGUCCUAUUGCCAGAGAUUGACAACUUGGAUGAUUUAAGUGAUGAGUUCAGAAGACAUUACAAAAACAAACAGGUUUUUUCCGUCAUUGCCAAUUCGCUCUAUGCUUUAAAACACGACAUUUCCAGUGAUGUAUCGAACGAGAACAACAAAGCCACGAAGGCUAAACUUCUAAUCGAGUGUGUCACCAAGGUGUCUUAUGAGUACAUCCUUCUUGAAAAAUACAGGUUUGACAUGACAUCGAAAUUUUAUGCCAACCACUUGAUUGCAAGACGCCCCUUGAUGGAAUUGUUUGGUCUCUAUAAGAAUAAUAUUGCACAAAACAACAAGGAAAAUGUCAAGGUAUUGCUCUUCAACUCGUCAAACUCAAUACAGUAUGGAUGGUACCUUGCCAUAUCUGUCCCCUUUGUCAGAUUUGUGGAAACAAGUAUUUAUGCCGAAGACAUGGGUGCUCUUCAGGAUUACAAUGUCUAUCAGAAGCAGGAAGAUGCAACAAUCAAGACUAACUUUACAAUUUCCGACCACGAAUUGUAUGACAAUUCGAUACUGAAAUUAAAAUUGACGACAUUUCAAGAGUAUAAUUCAAUGAGUAUGGAAAGUCUCGUUGCGUUGAGUAAGAAAACUGAUAAUGAUCUGCUGAAUUAUGCCCAUUUGAAGCGGGAAGAAGUUCCUGACCCAUCAAGCGCAUUCAGUUACCGGCCCAUGAAUUUUGAAUAUUACAGCCAGAGCAUAGCUACCAUCCCCUCCAAUUCGUUCAACUUGGUGCAAACUACUGACUUACCUUACGAAAUUAAGCGCGAGAAUUACAAGACCAUUUUGCACGAAUUUCACAGAAUCCUCAAACCAGGUGGUUCAUUGGUUACUGACUCGAUCCAUUUUGGAUCCAAAUCGACGCAUGAAUUCUUGCAUGAGCAUGUCAAGGGCAAUUUCCCACGAGCCUGGAAUUACUUUGAUUUCUCAGUAUCGCAACAUUUUGAAGUUAUCCCAAAUUUCGUCGAAACUAUCUUGUUGGAAUUGAAUACCAUUUUCGGUAGAGGUAAUGUUAAAUUUGGAAUAAAUUUGUUGUCGUCACUGUCUGAAGUUAAUUACUUUUUGGCCAAGUUUGGUGGGUUGAAAUUGUUUGAGAUGAUUGGGAAGUUGGGAGAGUAUUGUAAUUACUUUGAAGAUGGAGAUACUGUAAAGUCACAACAUGAGUCAAGUGUACACUUCUGUGUGCAUAUAGAAGCGAUCAAAAGAGCAUGA